CUCCUCCCCGACAUUGAUUAUACUGGAUCUGUCCCACCUCAGUACUGUCUAGAAGCACCCCUCAAAGGGAGAAGCAGCAGCCAUGAACCCUCAACAGAUGGAGCAGAUGGGCCAGUUCAGGAUCACAGUCUGGGAGGAGGAGAACUUCCAGGGCAAGCGCUGUGAGUUCAUGCUGGAGUGCCAGAACAUCAUGGAGAGGGGCUUCAACAAGAUCCGCUCCAUUAAGGUUGAGAACGGACCGUGGGUGGGCUACGAGUACCCAGAGUUUCAGGGACAGCAGUUUAUCCUGGAGAAGGGCGAUUAUCCUCGCUAUGAGGCCUGGAGUGGAAACAGCAGCUACAGAACCGAGCACAUGCUUUCCUUCAGACCCAUUAAGUGUGCCAACCACAGUGACAGCAAGGUGACCCUGUAUGAGUGUGAGGACUUCCAGGGCCGUAAGUUUGAGAUGUGCGAUGACUACCCCUCCCUACAGGCCAUGGGUUGGUGCAGCAAGGAGGUGCCCUCCAUGAAAGUCAACUCAGGAGCCUGGGUGGCCUAUCAGUUCCCUGGUUACCGUGGCUACCAGUACAUCCUGGAGAGAGACAGACACCAAGGCGAGUACAGAAACUACAACGAGUUCAGCACCCAGGCUCACACCAACCAGGUGCAGUCCAUUCGUAGGAUCCAGCACUAGAUCUUCACACUGCCUGCCUGAACCAACUUUAAAAAAAAUAAAAAUAAAAAAAAAGAAACUUUCUUUCUAAUUGCUUCCUCAACUCAAACCCUGGACAGACCUCUGUCACAGAACAGUAGAGUAACUCUUUCUAUCACUCUGUGGCUCUGGAUGUAUGGAUAUACACUUAUACUACCAUGCUGAAGCAUGUUCUUGAAAUAGGAAAUAAAGGUUUUUCUUCCAAACUAGAGGCCGUUUGUUGGUAUUCUUUAUUCUUUUCAUCUCCAAUACAUUUUUUUUUCAUCUUAAUUUGGUAAUUCAUUCCAUGGCAACGUCAGAGCCCAUUUAGCUUUGUGAGCAAGGCUGCUAUCAAAGUUAGAUAUUGAUUUGUAUUUAUCGAGGACAUAUCUAGCCUUUCAUGGAGAGAUUUGAUUCUGUUAGGCUUUAGGAUGUGUAGUGUUGUUCUUGUCAUACUGUAUUCUUAUUUCCAAUAAACGAGAGCAUGAGAUUA